AUGGUACGACUCGAUGAAGUGUCCGCAUCGACGAAAAUACUUGCGAAUCGACGCCAACGGAACUCUUUCGAGGCUCUUUGGCACACGAGUCUUGAGUCCUUCGAACGAGUAGUCGCAGUUGGCCCGAGCAUAGCGCUUGGCUGUCCCCCCGUAGGCUUCGAUGGGGUUCGACUCGCAGUGAUACUUGGGCAAGAACAAGCAGUGGUGGCCUGCGCCAGAGAUCGUCUCUUCCAAGAGCGAUACUUGGGAGCGGAUGUCGGGUUGCGACGCGACGCAGUGCCUCGCGCAGCACAGGAGCACCCCUUCGGUGGCGCUGACGUCGACGUUUUCGUUUGGGCACUUUAUCCGCGGGCCAUGCGCAGCGACGUCGAUGCCACGCUCCAGAAGAACUUGCUUGAUGCCCUUGGCCUGGCCCGCUUUUUCCGUGCUGGCUUCGAAGACCAUAGGCUGGUCGCGGCCGUCCGAGAACUUGCCCGGACGCAUGAUUGCUUCAGCGCCACCGGGGUUCAAGUUCAUGUUCGUGGCGCGUCCGGGGCGAACGCUGCGUGGUUGGUCGACUGGUCGAAGGUGAAUGAGGCGAUCGCGUUCGGGUGCAACUCGGCAAACGCGACCAAGACUUCUUCCUUCACUUGGUUGACGACAUGCUCCGACGUCCAGUAG